AUGGCGGCUUCCAUGACAGGAGAGCAAAUCCAAGCUCUCGCUGACGCCCUCGAACCUCUGACACCAAAGAAUCUUGGACCUGCUGUUCAAGGCUUCGCUAUUGCCUUUGGUGUUAUCAGCGUUGUCGUCGUUUGUCUCAGGAUCUAUGUGCGCGCGGGUUUAUCUGGUGUAUCGCCUCGACUUCUUGGGUUUGAAGAUUACCUAGCUGUUCUUGCGACAAUACUUCUAAUACCGGCCGUCGUCUUCGCUAUCCUUGCAGCGCGCUACGGAGUCGGUUCUCGCGAUGUGAAUAUUCCCAAUCAGAUGUACCUUAUCCGCGCCGUGGAGUACCAGACCUACUGGGAGCUUUUAUACUUUGUUUCGUCAACCAUAAUUAAAUGCGCUAUCGGUUUUACGUGUAUACGCCUCGAUCGUCGGAAGCGGGUUGUGUUUCCUAUAUGCGUCAACAUGUCGAUCAUGGUCAUCGUAACCGUUCUAGCGUUGGCGUUCGUGUUUGCCAAUUGCAAGCCGUUCAAUGCGACAUGGAAUCCAGCUUUAGGAACGUGUCAGAAGGUCAUCAGCUUGCAGACUGUGAGCUAUAUCGUCUCGGCCAUCCAGAUGGCGACCGAUUGGGCAUGCGCAAUUAUUCCGUUCUUUAUCGUAGCAGGUCUACAAAUGUCUCGGCGCAGAAAGAUAUCGGUCAUCGCUAUCCUCGGUCUCGGUGUCUCGGCCAGUAUUGCGACCUGUAUUCGAAUGCCGUACCUAAAAUACUACGACACGGUGAAAUAUCCGAAUGAGAUCGCCUAUCAUCUCGGCGUCGUCAGUAUCACCUCCAACGUCGAAUGCUGUCUCGGCAUCAUCGCAUGUUCUCUACCUCCGCUGCGAAAACUGUUUAACUUCUACUACGGCUCCUCCAAUGAGGCCAACUAUCAGUACACAGGCGAAAGCGAGAACAUCCUCCAGAAUUCCGGUCAGGGCAUCAGGCUGGAUUCAAUCAAUGGUCGAAAAGGGACAUUUCAUGCCUCCGCCCAGCGUGUUCCGUCGCGAGCUCGGGAAGAGACAGAUGAUGAUAACUCGAGCAGUAAGGGAAUCAUACGGAAAACGGAGGUCAGGGUCAGCUCAUCGAGGUUUAACUCGUAG